AUGAUAUUUAUUGAGAUGUUGAAAGUACUACUGAAUUGCCUUGUUCUGGAUUGUUCUAUUUGCAGAUUUACAGAAAUGAAGAGAAAAAAUAUGAGCAUAAACAGUUUUUUUGCAAGUAGUUCAAUCACUCCUCGUGUCGAACCUGAUCCUAUCCCAGCCAGUCCACUGAUCCCAGAGAAUGUGAACCCAGAUCCCCUUCCCCUGAUUGUAGUGACCAUAGUUCCUCCUUCAACUAAUGAGAGAACUGAUCCCUCAACCCCAAGGGAUGAUAGAAAUGACACCACAUUUGAUGAAAGUACAAACCAACCAAGAAUGCCUAUACUAGAGUUUCAUCCAAGUCAAAUUAUUGCUGAUCUAGGACUUAGAAUUCCUAUAGAAGAUUAUGCCCCUGAAAUUAGAAGAAGUGAUGUGCGAAGAGCUUAUUUGUUGAACAAACGAAACAAAGCUGUUGGGCAUACAUUCAAGAACACAAAGGAUGGUAAAAUUUGGAGAUCCUUUCAACGUGCGUGGCUCGACAAGUUUGAUUGGUUGGAAUACAGUGUGGAUAAGGAGGCUGCGUUUUGCUUUCAUUGCUUUCUUUUCAAGAAACCAUCCCAGGCCAUUAGAUUUGGCAAUGAUGUUUUCAUGAAAGAUGGCUACACUCGUUGGAAAACAGGUCUAGCUAGUUUUGAAAAGCACGUUGGUGGUCAAUCUAGUUACCACAACAUUGCUAGGGGAGAUUGCGAUGAUUUCAACAAUCAACAAGCAAGUGUGGCUACCAAAUUCCCUGUGUACAGCAAGGAGUCUGAGAUAUCUUAUAAAAUCCGCCUAACUGCAUCAUUGGAUUGUGCAAGGUAUCUCAUAGCACAAGGUGAAGCUUUUCGUGGGCAUGAUGAAUCCUCCACUUCCAUCAAUAAGGGCAAUUUUAGAGAGUUGUUGGACUGGUACAAGAACAAGAAGGAAGAUGUGAAGGAGGCAUUUGAUAAGGGGGCUGGAAAUGCACAAAUGAUUUGUUCUGACAUCCAAAAGGACCUUGCUGCUGCUUGUGCAAUGGAGGUAACCAAAGUUAUUAAGAAUGACAUUGGAGAUAAGAAAUUCUCAAUACUUAUUGAUGAGGCUAGAGAUUGCUCAAUAAAGGAGCAAAUGGCGGUGAUUGUGAGAUUUCUAGAUGAUCACGGGGUGCUCCAAGAGAGAUUCCUUGCCAUUAAGCACAUCACAGAUUGUACAUCUGCUGGAAUUAAAGAAGCUUUGGUUGAUAUGUUGGAAUUUCAUGGUUUGCUACUGUGA